CGGCAUUAUCAUACAAUAACGAUCUGAAUCAAUACUCAAUGUGUAUACGCUGAUUUGGUGACGAUAACGGGUCUGGCAAUGACCACAACGAUACACAGGUCGAACCUGGCUUUUUUUUCUAACGUCACUGUCAAUAGUGAGUGUUCAGUUCCUGUGCAGGAGUAAAGUUUCAUCUGCAGAUCAUGACCGACGAGGCUUUUGAUGUGAUGGUGGUUGGCUCCUGCAUGACUGACUUAGUGAGCCAAGCACCAAGGCUACCCAAACCGGGAGAAACCAUCCAUGGUCACAAAUUCUUCAUCGGCUUUGGAGGAAAGGGUGCCAACCAGUGCAUACAGGCUGCGAGACUGGGGGCCAAAACCACCAUGGUCUGCAAGGUUGGUAAAGACUUCUUUGGAGACAAUUACAUCCAGAAUUUCAAGGACAAUGGCGUACACACAGACUUUGUAGGUCAGACAUCUGACGCAGCCACAGGAGCUGCCUCAAUCAUCGUAAAUGACGCAGGUGAGAAUGUCAUUGUGAUUGUGGCCGGUGCCAACAUGCUGCUGGGCAGUCAGGAGCUACAGGACGCUCUCCCAGCCAUCAGUCAUGCAAAAGUACUGGUGUGCCAGCUGGAGAUCAGUCCACAGACUUCCUUAUCUGCACUUUGCAUGGCUCAGGAAAACAAAGGCUGCCAGAGCGAAAGAGUCGCAGCCGUAGCCGUGUUGCAGAUGGGAUACCCAGAUGGCCUCGCCGAGCACCACACUCUCUCCCUGAGCCCCCCCCCUCACCGUGUCGAUCAUACCACGGUAUUAGGCUUGGUAUGUGGCGCUAGGAUAGAGGCUGGGCGAGCGAAGAUGCUUGGCAAAGAUACCACCCUUAACGCUGCUGCACCAGAGCAUUGCGCUGAGCUGCUGACUGGUUCCUCUGUAACUAAUGUGGAAGAAGCACAUCGGGCCAGUAAGGAGCUGCUGAAACGAGGCUGCGGGUCGGUCGUCAUCACUUUGGGACCUCAAGGUUGUGUGGUGCUCAAGGCACAGGAGUCUACACCAAAACAUGUUACAACGACUGCGGUCACAGCAGUGGACACUACAGGUGCUGGUGACAGCUUCAUUGGAGCACUGGCAUUUUACAUGGCUAAAUAUCCCUCAAUGCCUCUGGAGGAGAUGGUCCACAGAGCCAAUCAAGUGGCAGGAAUGAGCGUGCAGGCUGUCGGCACACAGACGUCUUACCCCUUCAAAAAGAACCUGCCAGCUGAACUGUUCAAGGAACAGCUCAUGUGCGAGUAGACGCCAGUUGGACCAAUCUGGAACAGAUCUUAUUGAAAAGUAAACACUGGCUUAUAAAA